UUUACUAGAGGAUACCCUGCUUUCUGCUCAGUACCACAGACAACAGAGCAAGGAGAAGCACAGACCCAGUAAAUUUGACAGGGCCCUUCUGACUGUGCUAAUUAUAGAAAAUGAAGUCACUUUUUUGCCUGUGCUUUUUGCUUGCUGGGAUUCGUGCUAACAACCCUUGCCCACAGGAUUCAAAGUACCCUCCUUACAAUAGCUACUCUGAACUCAAUCCAGGUGUAAGCCACCAAGAGCAAGCAGGUCAAACAAACCAAAAUACAUGGGCUCAUAAGAUACAGAACAGCAUUUGCCAAUUUGCAUUAUGCUUCUACAAGGAAACAGCUCCUUCCAGAAACAAGGAGAAUGUGUUUUUCUCACCCAUCAGCAUAACCGGUACUUUGGCAAUGUUAGCUCUGGGAGCUAAAUCAGAGACUCUGCACCAGAUUCUUAGAGGGCUUGGUUUUAACUCAGAAAAUAUUCAGGAGGAGGAAGUUCAUGAAGGUUUUUGCAAUAUCAUGCAAAAGUUAAACCAACAGAAUAAUGACAUUGAGCUGAAUAUGGGAAAUGUCAUGUUUGUGACGAAAGAACUCCAACUAUUACAGCAGUUUCGAAACAACCUCAACCUCGUUUGUGGAGAAGAAAUUUUUCCUGUAAACUUCAGAUAUACUAAAGAAGCUGAGGAAAAGAUCAACAGAUAUGCAAAUGAAAAAACUAAUGGGAAAAUUGUCCAAUUGGUCAAUAAUAUUGAUCCGUUAACUGAAAUUCUUCUUGUUAGCUAUAUUUACUUUAAAGCUGGCUGGGAAAAACAGUUUGAUCGCAAAUACACUAAACAAAGGGACUUUUUUGUGGAUAAGAACACAGUUAUUAAAGUCCCAAUGAUGUUUCGGAUGGGCAUGUUUAAAUAUGGCUAUGACAGGCAGCUGUCUUCUACAGUGGUGCAGAUGGAUUAUAAAGGAGGUGCUACAGCAUUUUUUGUUCUGCCUGAUAGAGGACAAAUGCAGAAGCUGGAGAAAGGCUUGUCAUGUCAAGUUCUGUUUAAAUGGAGAAAACUAGUCUCAAAAAGGCUAGUGGAGCUGUAUCUUCCAAAAUUCAACCUUUCUGAGACGUAUGAACUAAAAGGCUUGCUUAAUAGAAUGGGCAUCAUUGAUUUAUUCACCGAUAAAGCUGACCUGUCUGGAAUAACUGGGACACCCAGGCACAGGGUUUCAGAGGCUAUUCACAAGGCCAUGGUGAAAGUGCAUGAGUCUGGUACUGAAGCUGCAGCAGGUACUGCCGUGGAAAUAGUGCCAAUGGCUGCUCCUAGUAACAUAAAAUUCGAGAGACCAUUCCUGUUUUUUAUACAGUUUAAAAACAGUGUACUCUUUUGGGGGAAAAUCCUGAUACCAAAGGAUAACUAGUUACUCUGCUUCUGGAUACUAACUAUGCCUGAUUACAAUCAUUGUUAAAUAAACAUUAUGACCUGAUCAGUAUGGAGUUGGCUUCAGAGGACUCUUACAUUUCCCCCUGUGAUGCUGCAUGUUUUCUUUAUUAGCUGAGACUUUCUUUAUUUAAGUGAUUGGAAGAUGAAAUCAUGGCAUAUUAGUCUGGGCUCAUAUUAAAAGAAAAAAAAGGUUGAGUUUGGGCAGGACUCAAUACAUGUGUAAAAGGAAAGAUUCUUUGUUAGACAGCAAAGAAACAUUUUUCAAGAGGUGAAGAGCAGAAAUAGGCAUGGAGAUGACUAAAUUAUGUCUGCUUCUUCCUCCCAUCCACCUCUACUCUAUGUAAAGCACACUUUUUUGCAUACACAUUGACUGGCAAAUCAGUACAAGUUGCACUGUUUUACCACUUGCAUCUAUUUGUUUGCCAAUUUACAGUUCAGUCUAGUAAAUUUGUGUUAGUAAGUGUAGUGCUUACUGCUGUUUGUCACCCACUGCUGAUCCAUGGCCCAGUAUGGUCCUCUUAUGCUAGUUAGGCUGUUGCAAAAGGACGGGGUGGGGGGCACACUGGAAGAGGCUACCUUGUGAUGUUGUGUAAUUUUCUUCAUGGGAAGUUUUAAAGAAAAAAAUUAGACAAACAGCCAUCAGCAAUAAUCCAGGUAUAUUUGAUCCUUCCUUAAUGUAGAGGGUGGAGCCAGGUGAUAUCUUCAGAUCACUUCUACCCUGCAUUUCUAUGAGGAAGUUCUAUGAUCUCCCUAGUGCAGUGAUUCCCAGCAUGGUGCCAAGUACCCUGGGGUGCCUUGAGAUCCUUUUAAGGUUGCCACAGGGUGCCAAGCAAUUUAAUAUUGUUUAGUUUUUAAACAUAAUUCACCAGAUAAACCCAAAGAUUCUUCCCUGCUGUGGUCUUUCUGAGUUCUUUGCAGCAGAAGAUUUGCUCUAUUCUUUUUUUCAGUCAAAAAACAAGUGAAAACUGAGAGCUGGUAUUUUCCAAGGGGUGCCUUCAAUCUAGAAAGGCUGAGAACCACUGUCCUAUUGAUUAGCACUGAGACAGAGGGCCCAUAUGCUACCUCUGUAGGAGCCUGAAGCCCAGGGGCAUUCCAGGGGAGACUGAAGAACUGGGUCAGACAAGAGAACUGCAAUAAGAGAAGGUAUGACCAAGCUCUCCAUAAUGGGCCACUUCAGGAGUGUUGACAGAUCUGUCCUAGCAAUUCAACACUCCUGAAGUAGCCCACUAAGUCAUUGAACAACAAUGCUACUUGGGUCAACCAGGCAGCUAUUCUAGCCCAUGCCAAAACCCAAGUUGUCUCCAUGCAAACAGGAAAAACAUUUUCCCUGUGUUUCUGUGCCAGGGGAAGAAUGUAUCUGCCCCAGUGGAAUCACUCAUGGUAGCAAACACCACUUCAGCAGUAAGCAUUUGUAGCAUCCAACCAUUAUCCUGUAACUUACACUACCCUUUACAUAACUGCUUAUUUAAAAUCACAGGGUCUUGAGGUGCAAGCACUUUAUGAUCCCAAAAUAUACCUUAAAAUAUCUGCACUGAGCUCCAUGCCUGCUUUGUACUUAAUACAGGAAACUCCCGCUUAGCGCUCUUAAUUGGUUCCUGAAAAACCAAGCAUUAAGCAAAAUGAGUGUUAAGCAAAACCAAAAGUAUUUGAUGACCCAAGAUGGCGACCACAGUUGUUUUUAAUGACCCAAGAUGGCAACCAUAAGCAUUAUAAGGAAACUCGCUGAGCACUAAGUGAAAUCAGGUAUGAAUUUAAAACGAGCGUUAUAGCGAAAUAGCGCUAAGCGAAACAGCAUUAAGUGGGGGUUCCCUGUAUAGUCACAGUUGUACAGGGUCUGUCUUUAGUGCUAGGAUACAAAAAGUUCUCAGAUCACAUUUAUAGUGAAGAUGCCUAUUACUUUUUUCAUACUUUUAUGUUACCUUCAUGCUAUUUUCCUCUUGUUUUAGGACACCUCUCAAUGUUUUGUUUCUCUACCAAGCUCGUGGUAUAUUUCCUGGCCUUUAUGUUUGACCUUGAAUAAUAUGGUUGUCUGUGUAUGGUCACAGGAAUGGAAAUUAAUAAACAAAGUUAAAAAAAUUAAA